AUGGACUUUAUCGCAUUGACGCUCGGAUGUCUGGCUGCCAUCCCUGUGGCAGCUUCAUAUACCAUCCCAAGUUCCGGCGGAAGCGAUAUAACGCUGCUGUACUACAACGAUGUCGAUGUUCAUACCGCGUCUGAGCACCAAAGUGUACUCCUCCUGUCUCCACUCUUGAAUUCAGAAGCAGAUUCUGCAUGCGCUAGUUUGGGAGAAACGCUCCUUCCGGUCAACGAGUCGUUCUACCACACGGAGCUAAUUCCAUCGCUCCAAUAUCAGGUUUACCAGGGCCACUACAGCGAAGCCCAGUUGUAUUGGAUCCAAUCGACUGGUAGCUCCUGCGAAGCAGUCAACUCACUUGGCUUCGUCGUGCCAGCUCCCUGCGCGCUCCAACUGCCAGCACUCUGCAGUCAGAGUGCACAGUUCGGUGCUUCUCCUGAACCAGCGAACUCUCUCACCGUUCAGGCUAACGACCUGACAAUCACUGGCUAUCGUGAUCAACUGUCAUUCCGCUUCGAAGGCAUCCCAUAUGCUGAUCCUCCCGAGCGAUUCACGUAUCCGACAACAUGGACAGGGAGCAAAACCUUGAACGCGACAGCAUUUGGGUCCGAAUGCGUCCAGUCUGGCGUCCCCAAUGGCAGCGAGGAUUGCCUUUUUCUCAACGUCUGGACGCCAUACAUCCCAGAGGACCCGUCCACCGCUCCCUCUUCGAAGCUAAAGCCAGUCUUCUUCUGGAUUCAUGGCGGUGCCUUCACGGGCGGCACCGGAUCCGACCCGACGUUCGCGGGCGGCAACAUGGCGUCGCGCGGGGACGUCGUCGUCGUCACGAUCAACUAUCGUCUAUCCACCCUCGGCUUCCUCGCUCUCGAGGAUGGGAAGACGAACGGGAACUUCGGGCUUGCUGACCAGGUCGCGGCGCUGGACUGGGUCAGAGAAUACAUCACGGCGUUCGGCGGGGACCCCGAUCGCAUCACGAUAUUCGGGCAGUCUGCUGGCGCGGGCUCCGUACGCGCCCUCUUAGGCUCGCCGCAGGCAAUUGGCAAAUUCGCCGCGGCGAUCCCAAUGAGCAACUUGGCGGGUUCGGACUAUGCGACGACGUACUCGCUGUACUACACCAUCCCUGAGGAAGUGACCGCAGUAGUGGAACCGAUCUUGGAGGAAAUUGGGUGCAAUGCAACGGAUGCGGCUGGUGCCCUUGCAUGUCUGAAGGCCUACGACGCAUACGAACUCGUCACUUUGACCAACGUAGCGAGAUUCGUCGUGGUCGAUGGAACGUACGUGACCAGGACGGGUUUGAUCGUCAAUGGCACAGCGAGUCCAGUAGCAAAUGUACAUACCAUGAUGGGCUACAUGCGGGACGAUGGUGCAGCGUUCAUCGGAUAUCCGAACACUACCAACCUGACUGCAGCGCUCAUUGCGCAGUCGCUUCCUACCGCUGUGGUCGACAACUCGCUGUUUCCCGUACAGACUGGACCGAACGCAACCUACGACGUCUUCAACGUCACUGCCGGGGUGGCGACGGAUGUAGAGUUCCGGUGCCUUGACCAAGCAACGGCGUACUACGCCGUUCAACACAACCUUUUCCAGAGCGUGUGGUUCUACGAGUUCAACCGGAGCUAUCAAUCAGCUGGAUGGAGCCCGAACUAUCCUGUUUGCAACGCACCUGUCAGCGAUGAAUUCCCGUAUGGCGAUCCUUCCCAAGAGUAUUUCAAAUGUCAUUCAGGAGAGCUGUACUACGUGUUCGGCAGUCUACCGAGCACGUCCCCUUACCGCGACGAACUUGACCUUCCUUUCAUGCAGCGUACGAUCGAUGUGUGGACUUCCUUCGCGCGCACUUAUAAUCCGAACCCGGACCCAGCGUAUCUGGCAGUCCGGUGGUACAACAACACGCUUGCUGCCAUCUACGCAGAGGAGCCUUGGGAACCAGUCACCUCUGCGAACCUGAACACGGCGCCGUUGCGGACGUUGCAGUGGACUAGCUUCAUGGGUCCAUUCGCGGAGCAGGCGCAAUGCGAUUACUUGGAUUACUCUUUGGAUUAUUACGUCUGA